AGAGGCCAUACACCACAGUACCAUGAGUUACUGUCAAUCCCUUAGUGGCACACACCUCCACAGGGGUCAGAUGGAUUAGGCACAUAGUCAGUAGCGGCAUGUGUACAAAUCACGUCUGUACAGAUUUAUGGUCCAACGGCAACUUGUUGUUGCACCAAAACAAGAAAACCUUGACCCUACUGUCACCGGCUAUAUAGGAUAGACGGGGAAAUACAGAGACGAAUCGACUAUUUUACUGCUUUUGUUGCUUCGGGUAAUGUGUGUGUAUACCUGAACGAAUGCAUCUGCUGCACAGAAGAAAUCCAGUUCAAACCAAAUCCUCAUUAGCUGUCAGUCAAUACAUUUCGAGCUAUAAUGAGUGAGCGCAUGCAGCAAGAUCUAAACUGAGGUGGUGACCAGUGCCAGGGCAACUCUGCAGUUACUACCAACAGCAAGCGGGGGUGGGCAUCGAACUGAGCAAGCUAGAAUUUGAUAUCAUUUCCAGCCCUGCACCCUUCCCCCCUUUUACACUGUGUGAGAUUCCCCUGCUGAAUAAUAGCCACUCUGUUUGACCCUCCUCUCUCAUUUCUCUCCCUCAUACGCACACACACACACACACACACAGUUUCUGGGUGGGAGGAGGGGGGGCAUUAGCUAAGUGCCGUGACAAUUCUCAGCAUGGAUCGUGAUGGGAGAUUGAGUGCUACAAUGGUGUGACCAAUCUGCAUUCCCGUGAUUCCUUCGGGCCUUUGACAUGAGUCGCAGGCAAGAUUACCUCACUUCCAUCCAAACACAGCUUCAGCGAAAUGCCCCUUUAAAUCACCCUAAAGUGGCGUGCUGAGACUUUUUCCCUCAUCACAAAAAUGAGAAGAGUGUGAAUUGUGUUGAAAUCUUUUAUAUAACUCAACACAUUUAAUUGAAAUGUCAAAGGGGGAGCUUUUGGGGGGUUCAGGGGUAACACAAGGAAGUUACUUGAUACGGAUGAGACAGAUAGGGUGACAAAUGGGAGGGGAAGCUACAGUGUGAGAAUGCGAGAGAUAUAAAGGGAGGGGGGACUCUUCAUAGUCACUUCACUCGCUGCAGUACAAUAGCAAGUGGAAAGAGGGAAGAGGCCCCUGUCUAUUUAAGCAGAAAUGAAAUGGAGACUAUAAUAACGCAGGACUCAGGAAUGUGUCUGCUGGUUUACCGCCAUCCCAGCACAGGCAAACAUAGGACAGAACAUCCGAAGCUUCUGCAUAGAUACAGCUCGGGGCAGCGAUGUUAUGGCUACAAACCCAGCUCCCCACAGAGACGGCGGAGGGUGUUGAUAGCCAGGCCGCAGCCGCUCAGGGCCACGAGUGGACUCUGUAACAUGAAACACUUAUUUUUCUCGUUCUUUCUGGAGAAAACCACAGUGUAUUUUGUGAAUUUGUGUUUUGGUAGCAGCCAUUCAGCCAGGUCCUGGCCUCAACACUCCUUUCACAUGAGUCAUAUGGGAAAUUCAACCUAAUUAGUGUUGUGAGUUACUCUGUGAUUUACUGUGUGUGAAUCCAGGUAUUUGAAGUGGAAAUGCAUCACAUAAAAUUUAGACUGGACUAAAAUGACAUUAAAUAUAACAAAUAAACAGUUUAUAGGUGGCAUAAACAUACAUUCUCUUUUUUUCCCCCCAAUACAUCUGCUGUGUCUGUGUGUCCCCUAAACGUCGCACUGAUUUUGUGCGGCUCAUCAGGCUUACAUAGCGGUAACUUGGCGACACCUAGCGGCCCUGAGCGGGAAAUGCGAGGACCCCCCCGAGAUAAACUAUUAAUUUCACCUGAGUAUAAUACAACAACAAUGCAACAAUAGAUGAAAAGUCGUUGCUGUAUUAAAACAAAAGGUGCCCUCACAGUUUUGGUCGCUUCAAUUUGAGUUUUUUGGACUUAGAGAGGGGAACACCCAAAGAGGACCUGAACUCACCUGAAACCCACCGAGCUCUCUUUGAAUUUCUUCUUUGUCUUUUUCCGACAUGCUCGCCAAGGUUUGGUCAGACUUUGAGCAGAGCUUUUGGGCCAAACUCCGUUCGUUGAGGUCAUGCUGGCAGGCUGCCUUCCCCAUAUCUGUCCCCCCUUCCAUGGCUGCCGAUGACUACAACCCUGUCUCCCUCCGACACAAGUCCAAGAAGAAGACCCGAGGAGGUAAGCCGUCAGCCUCGAGCUCUCAUCACUUUGUCUCCAUGUGUGCCCUCAACUGUAAUUUGGACCCUAUGUGGGCGUGUGUUAAGUGGCAGGGCAACGCUCGGAACAGGCAAUGGUACAAUGAGCAGAAGACGCAUCUCGGUCAAAGAGCUGGGGCAGCCAGACCACCAGGGCUGGCUGUACAGGAAAAAAGAGAGCAAGGGCUUCCUGGGUAUCAAAUGGAAGAAGUACUGGUUUGUUCUGAAGAAGACGUCUCUCUACUGGUACACCAAUCAACUGGCAGAGAAAGCUGAAGGCUACAUUAACCUCACCAACUUCAUGAUCGACAGAGCCAUAGAGUGCAAGAAGAAACAUGCGUUCAAGGCUUGCCACCCACAAGUCAUGAUGUUUUAUUUUGCUGCUGAGAGCCACGAGGAGAUGAACCUAUGGUUGAAUAAGCUUGGGCUGGCCGCCAUUCAGUAUGAGCCAGCAGAACGAAACCCUACAGCCGAGUGUUACAGUGAAGCCAGUGACCAUGAAGAAGCUGAAAGCACAGAGAUUCCCCCUCCACCAUACUCUGAACAAACCCUGCGAGACUCCGUGGAUGCAUCCGGUCCACCCGGUAGCACACAUCAGGGUACCCUGCCUCCCCCUUACUCCUCUGCAGUCCCCAGCGAAGCCAACGGUUCGCUCUCGUCCCCCGUCAGUACGAUGACAUCACAGAGCUCCACCUCCUCGCUCGCCAAGCACCGGCAGUCCUGGUUGGACCUCGUCUCGCAGGCGUCUCCUCCCACCGGGGAAACGGCUGUGGUGUGCUCGGUUCAGGUACACUCGUAUCGACCUCCGGAAGAGGAGACGGAAGAAGAGGAUGACUCCCAGGUGUUGGAGGGCUCGUCUCAGCAGGACUCUCCGGAAACGGGGUCUAAUGAGGAAAGCCCUGCUGCGGAGGGGGAGGCACAGAGAGUCGUAUGUGGUGCUCAAGAAGGGGUUCGUGGGAAUAGCUCAGAUGAGAUGGAGAAGCUGUAUAUUCAUCUGAAAGAGGCCAGCCUCUCGCCAAUAGGAGAUCGCAAACCAUCCACAAAAAGAGAAUUCAGGGCCUCCUUCAUAAAACGCUGUAAAAACCAGACUGUCAAUGACAGACUUCACCUUAUCAGGACUCUCAACAGCACAUUAAAGUCGAAAGAGGCAGACCUACAGGCAAUAGAGCAGGUGCUGUCGGACCAGGAGCUUACCUCAGACAAGUUCAGACAGUGGAAGGACGCCCAUGCACCCUUGGUGCAGGAGAUUUGUGUGAAACCGGUCCAGCAGGUGGCAUCAGAGGCCACGAAAGCUGCAGCAUCAGUCAUUGCUGCUCCAGUGGUCGAGACCAGUUUAUAAAGACUCCUCAUGACUGGUUUUACUGUGUCUGGACUUAACACUCACAUACACUGCUGUUCUCAGUUAAGACUACUGUUCCAUAUCAGAGGACUUUAUGUACUGUUCAACAAGUAACUGGAUCAAUGAAGAAGAGUGUUAUUAGCUCCUAAAUAGAGAUGGAGCAGGCAUUAUAUGAUUAGCAGGUCACAUUUAAAUGUGAAAUGUGUUGUAGUAUUACUUUUAUUGUUAGAUUUGUAAGAUUAGCUAAUUUUACAGAGGAUUGUUUUUAUGUUGUAAUUCUGUGGACCUAUGCAUUGUUUUUAAUAUUUGGAAUGAUGGAAUACAUUGAAAUGAUGAUGAUCCAUUAUUCUUUGCAUGGAAACACUUGUUUUUACAGUAUGUUUGAUCUACUUUGGAUUCGUCAGUAGUGAACACAUUUUGAACUGUUGGUCAGUCAAUUAUUGGUGCCAUGCACCACCACUGCCUGUUACACAUGUGUUUUACAGCAACUAUUUUGAAUGAUUGGUGUGUGUUUUGUUCUCCCUAAAAAUGAUAUUGUCAUACUUAUCACGAAAACUGAACACCGGGGCCAGCACUAACAGUCACAAAUCAUGAUAAUAUCAGAUUACAUUUUUUAGAGUCAGUGUCAAAUCAUUGUUAUAACAAUAAUGUAGAGCCAAGAUAUAAGAAAUCACCUUGUUUUUAGUAGAAAGGUACAUGUAGGUUUAUUCUACUAAACAAAAACAAGCUAUUUUUAAAUGAAGAAUUCCAUCUUAAAUGUGAUAAAUACUUUAGUACUAGCCAGUAUCAAUGAUACAGUCUGUUGGGCUUAGGGGCACGGUGUACCAGUUUGCAUUUGCAUUUGCAUUCAAACACAGGAGGCUUGGUGGAUAAUUCUCAGGAAAAAAAGACAGACCUCCACCAUGGCCCUUACAAACAAGUCCAGCAGACCCUAAUCCUGUACACAGACCCAGAGAGACCCAGAUUUAGAAAACUCCGGCUAAGCAAGGGCCUCUGACUUGGUGACAACACCUACUGGUAACCAACCAAGCCCCAGGCACAAAGAUUUUUUUCUGACUUACAUUUCAUCUGUUGUGUAUGUGUUAAAUAUUAACUCAGUGUAAAUAGUUGUACAUGGAUGUGUGAUGUUAAUUAUGUUUGAUCUGGAGUCAGAGCGCUUGUUUGUAUACAGGGAAAUAAAGUAUUAUCACAAA